CGCCUCUUCCUCCUCCUUGCCUCGCUCCCUCCUUCUCCCCUCUCGCCGAGCUCCCCCAUUCCUUAUGCAAAUCACGCCCUCUUCUCACUCCCUUUCUCGCUCUCUUUCUCUCUGCGCGACGUGCAUCCCUCGCUCGCCACUCUGGUGAAAAAUUGUGACUGUACCGAAGGCGAAAAAAAAGUGCAAGUCGCCUCGGAGAAAGGGAGUGAGGGGAGAAAGAGAAAAGGGGCGAAGGGGGUGGGGAGGCAAGCGUUAUACGCAUCAAUUUGUACAGUCUUCAGUGGCACCCCCGUUUUUCCUGCAACGACUUGAAAGAGAAUUCUCCUGCGUUACAAUACCGUUACAAUGUGAUCCAGCAGCAGCCCCUGGGUAGAGAAGCGUGCGCCUCGGCGAAUGUAUGUCGGGCUGUGAUAUAGAACAACAACACAAAUAACGUAUAGAGCCGGAGACUGAGAGAGGGACACGCAUCGCUGGAUUUAUAGGUUUUAUAGGUUGUAAUACACAGUCUACACACUAAUAGACACCCUACACCACCACCUCCACCUGUUAACUCCCAGCAAUGGCAUGUGUUGUAAAAUGGACCUCAUAGAGAAGGAGCGAUGAAAACCCGAACACACAAGGAAUCGAUGCCCAUGCGUAGUGGGCGCAGGCGGGGGGGCAGUGAGGAGCGGAGGGGCCGGCGCCCGCACGCCAGCCCACCUCGCCCCGAACGCAACGACAGGCCGCCGCAGCGUGCCGCUGUGGAGGAAUUGUCUGGAAACCGCUUUGAUCGCAGAUCGCAAGGCCAUGAUUCAUCAGAGAGUGAGGGGGAGGAGCUGGUCUCACCACCCAAAAGACAGAAAGUUCAGGAUGCGGCCUCCACCCCAAAUCCCCCCACCUCAACACGCACGGCCGACAGCUCUGCCCCUUCCACGGUCCCCCCUCCAACCUCUGUUGCCAGCCAAGCUCGAGAGAGUGACAACGAAGACGGCCAAUCCCAGGGCAGCAGGAGUUCAGUUGUAGGGAGCCUGGCCAAUAGCAGCAGUAGUUUGAGCAGUGGGCGGGACAUAGAUCAGGACAAUCGCUCCUCAUCCCCGAGUCUCUCCGCUUCCCCCCUGGGCAGCCUGGACUCUGAUUCGGACGGCCCAGAAUCACCAAAGCAAGGAGAGAGGGAGAGAGAGAAAGGAAAAGAGGGAGGAGUGGGGAAGUCAGCGGGGGACGAGCGGAGAACAAGCCGAGAGGGAAGAGGGGAGGAUUCCUGCGGAGACGGAGAAAAGAGGGAUGGAGAGGGCAGAGCAGAGGACGGCUCCUCCUUCAAACCCCCGUCCACCCCUUGCUCCUCCUCCCCUCUGACCCCCUCUCUCCGGGGUUCAUCGGACGCCGGCGGCGACGGCGGCGGCGGCGGCGGCGGCGGCGGGAGGAAGAACUACUUCUCCCUGGACUCCAAGCUGGUGUGCAAGGUGGAGUACGGCGGGUCGGGGGCCGGCGACACCCCGCACGGCCCCGGCCGCAUGAGCUCCAAAGGCACCGCGCAGUGCGUGAACAAGGCCGCCGUCUCCGGGGGAGACUAUCCCCACGGCAACCCCAACAUUCCACACGCGCUCCCCCAGCCCCUGCCGCCCCCGCCGGCCCUGAAGCCCCUGGAGCUGGGCGGGGCGCAGAACCUGCCCGUGGAGGUGAAGGUGGAGAGGGAGAAGCUGGAGAAGGCCGACAAGCCGGGCGACAAGGCCCAGACUAAUCCUCCAUCUUUGUUGCCACAGACGGGCCCCCAGCCCCAGUCCCAGCCUCCCCCCCACCCACACCACUACAGCUCCACCAGCUGGCAGGGUGGCACGGCCACCGGUUGCCAGGGGAGCUGGGGCUACGCCCGUUACCCUGGCAACCACCACCCACACCAGCCGCAGCACCAACCCCCAGUGCAGCAGCAGCAACUCCCCUCUGUUUACAACCCCCCGUCCUCUCGCCACUCCUCCUCCCAUCCCUCCUACCUCCCCCACCCUCACGCCCACCCCCACAGGGAGUACCUUCCCAGGUACGCCGGUGGGGGAGGAGACCGGGAGAGGGGGGCCGCAGGAGAGAGGGAGCGGGGAGUGAGGGGCGAUUGCGGGGGCAGAGAGAUCAACAGGGAGUUUGCUGCUCCGCUAAGCAACAGCGGUAACAGCAGCAGCAGCGGUGGUGGAGGUGGAGGUGGAGGUGGUGGUGGUAGCGGUGGUGGUGGUGGGGGCGGCAACUGCGCAACCACUUGUGGUGGAAUGGGCGGGGCCAAUGGCAUCGCAGGCAGGGAGUUUGGGAGCAUGUCGGUGGCUCAGAACCGGGAGUUUCAAGGUCCUGGGAGAGACUUGCCCAACCUGGGCCCCGGGGGGAGAGACAACAUGGGCCCCGGAGGGAGGGAAGGGCCCAACAUGGGCCCCGGAGGGAGAGAAGGGCCCAACAUGGGCCCCGGAGGGAGAGAAGGGCCCAACAUGGGCCCAGGAGGGAGAGACAACAUGGGCCCCGGAGGGAGAGAAGGGGCCAACAUGGGCCCCGGAGGGAGAGAAGGGGCCAACAUGGGCCCAGGAGGGAGGGAAAACAUGGGCCCCGGUGGGAGAGACAACAUGGGCCCCGGGGGGAGAGACAACAUGGGCCCCGGGGGGAGAGACAACAUGGGCCCCGGGGGGAGAGACAACAUGGGCCCCGGAGGGAGAGACAACAUGGGCCCCGGAGGGAGGGACUUUGGGCCAGCCUUCAGAGACAGAGACAGAGAGCGGGACCGAGAUGGGGGAAAGGAGUUUCCUCCAUCCAAUCAGAACCAGAAUAGAGACUUUGGCCCCAACGGAGCCGGAGGGGGCCAUCCCAGAGAGAAAGAAGGGGGCCGCUGGGGUGAAUUUGGAGGCCAGACUAGAGAGGCGGGAGGCAGCAACAACAACAACAACAACCCAAACAACAACUCUGUUUCCCAGGGCAACCCCCCGGGCUCCGCCACGGGGCUCCCUGUGGCCCCCAUGCUGAACCGGGACCCGCCGGCGUCCCCCCAGACCAACCCCAGCCACCCCCCUCAUGGCCCCAUGCCCCCACAGCCCCACCCACACCCCUCCAACCCCCCCGGCCGGGACUACCCCCCCACCUUAGACCAGGCCCAGAUCGGGGCGGACCGCGGGGGAGAGCACUUCCACAGAGACUACCCCCCGGGGAAGGACUACCCUGCAGGCGGGCCCACCUCUGGGGGCCCCAACAGAGAGUACCUCAGCUCCCCGGGGAUAGCGCCCAACCUUGGGCGAGAGUACUCUGGGCCGGAGAGGGGCCCACACUCCCACCCCCACCCACCCCACCCCCACUACCAGCCGGGGCCCCGGGACAGAGAGCGAGACAGGGAGUCCAACCUGCGCGAAUCGGCCCUUUACCAAAGGGGCGGCCCCAAUCAACCCCCUGCGCUCUCUCCGUCCUCCUCCUCCUCCACCUCCUCCUCCAGCCACCACGGUCACCCUCCCAACGCCCCCUACCCUCCCCCCCCCUCCCCCCUCCCUCCCCAGCCCUCCCAUGCCCAGCCCCUCCAGACAGGCUUGGGGCCCAACGCCCGCCCUCCACACUACCAGUCCUCCAACCAGACUCCGCCCACGCCGCUGUCCCCGCUGCCCAGCCCCAACACCAACCCCAUGGGGGGCUUCCCGCCGUUCCCCCCCGGGUCCUCUGCGGGGUCAAACCUGCCGCUGGCCGGGCCAGGGGGGCCGGGCGGGCCCCCCUCCUGCUCCCCCAGCUGUCGCCCCUUCCACGGCACCCUGAACAGCCACCCUUCUUUCAGCGGGCCGUACCACGCCAACGGCAACGCCGGGGGGAACAUGGCCGGCGGCAACAGCAACAUGCCCCCGAACAACAGCAACACCAACUCCCAGUCGCUCUCGCCGCAAAACGCUUCCAAGGGUCCUCCGUUGCUCAGCAACCUGGGCAACAACAACAACAACAGCAACAGCAGCAGCACGGCGUCAGGCCCCACCUCCAGCUCUUCCCAUCCCGCAGAGGGGCACGCCGACGCCGCCACGGGCCAGCUCCCCGCGCCCGUCAUCAAGGAGGAACCCAUCGAGGAGAGGGAGGAGAGUGUGAGCCCGCCUCCGGUGCUGAGAAGCCCCUCCCCCGAGCCCAAGCAAGUGGACAUCCCCAUCCACGCCAGCCAAUCAGCACGGUUCCACCGAGUCCUUGACCGCGGCAGUGGGAACUCCUGCGCCCGCAGCGACGUCCUCUUCGUCCCCCUCGACGGCUCCAAGCUGUGGAAGAAGAGGAACGACAUGAUCGAGAGGGCCCGCAGAGAGGUGGAGCAGAGGGCGAGAGACCUGAGGGAGAAAGAGAGGGAACGAGAGAGAGAGCGGGAGCGGGAGAGAGAGUUAGAGAGGCACUUACAGCAGCAGAAAGACAUCAACAACAGCGCUGCGGGCCGACAGGGAUCCUCCCUCUUCUUCCCCUCUUCCUCCUCCAUGAUACUGGACCCUUCGUCCUCGUCCGCCUCCUCUUCGGUCACCCAGUCCCACGCCAUGUCCCACGCCCAGCAUCACCACGCCCACCCCCACGCCCACCUCCACCCCUCGCACCCCCUCCACCAGUCCCUCUCCCACUCCAUCCCCCACUCCCUCCUCCUUCCAUCCAUGGGCGGGGGAUCGGCGGUGGUCGGCGGCCAGGGGGCCUUGGGCAUGGGGUUAGGGGGUCCUUAUCUGGGCCCCGACACCCCAGCACUAAGAACCCUGAGUGAGUACGCUCGCCCCCAUGCCAUGUCCCCCCUGGGGGCGGCGAGUCGCGCUCAAGCCCACCACCCGCACGUUCACCACGGCCACCCGCACGUCCAUCCCUCCUUCUUCCUCCCCCAGUUCCAGAACCACGCCCUGGCCCACCCCCACCACAUGCCCGCCGACGCCGCCACGGCGGCCGCCAUCCUGGGCUUCCUGUACGGCGGCGGCCUGGAGGGCCAGGGUCACCCGGGGGUCGGGCCGGGACACGGCGGGAUGGGGGCGGCGGGGCUGGGCGGGAUGGGCUUCCCCCACGCGGUGGCGGCGCACCGCGACCGCGUGAAGCAAGGGUUCGAGUUCAAGAGCGAGGACAGGAUGUACCAGCCGGGCGCCAUGUCCGACCAGGCCGCUCUGGCCCUCGCCCACUCCCACUCGCACGCCCACGCGCACGCCCACGCCCACGCCCACGCACACGCACACUCCCUCCUCCUCGGGGGAGGUGGAGGGGGAGGCAACGAGGUGUCCCUCUACGGCACCCCCCCUCCCUCGGCGCAGCCCGGCCCCCCCCACCACCAGAGUCCAACGAUGGCCCAGAUGACCCGACCCCCCCACCCUCCCCCACCUCAGGCCCACUCCAACCCCCCCACCCCCUCCCUGAUGCCUCCGUCCCUGCCCUCUCACCCGCCUUCUGCCCCCAACAAUGCACCCCCACCCCCGGGGGGGCCCACCACGACAGCCCCGGGUAACCCUCCCCCUGCACCGAUCUCCUCCGCCUCCUCCUCCAACCCCACCUCCUCCCUCCACCACCCAGCGCCUCACGCCUCCUUCCCCAGCUCCCUGCCCUCCCACCCCCCCCCGGCCCCUGCGCCGUCAGCAGCCCCCGAGCCCUAUGCCCCACCCACCCGCUCACCCCCCUCCAACGAGAGGGACCGCAGCGUGGACAGAGAGAGGGACAGGGAUAGGGAAAGAGGGGGCUUGCCUGCCCCGGGCGAGAGAGAGCGGGAAAGAGAACGAGAGCGAGAAAGAGAGCGAGAGCGAGAGCGAGAGCGAGAAAGAGAGCGAGAGAGAGAGCGAGACAGAGAUCGAGACAGAGAUCGAGACCGAGAGCGCGAGAGGGAUCGAGAAAGGGAAAGGGAACGAGAGCGAGGAGGAAGUGGAGGUAGCGGCGGCGGCGGAGGCGGAAGUGGAGGGGGAACAGGGGGGGGAGGCGGAGGAGGAGGAGCAGCAGGAGGAGGAGGAGGAGGUGGAGGGGAGAACCUGGGGCGUCUUCAGAUGUUGAACGUGACCCCCCAUCAUCACCAGCACUCACACAUCCACUCCCACCUCCACCUGCACCAGCAAGACACAGCAGCGGGCGGGGUUCACCCCCUGAUGGACCCGUUGGCAUCGGGGUCUCCGCUGGCACGUCUCCCCUACCCCGGUGCCACGCUCGGCACCCCCAUCCUGGCCCACCCCCUCACUGACAGCGAGGUCCUCCGCCAGCAGCUGUUCGGUGCUCCGUUCCGUGACCUGCCCCAGCCCUCCUCUCUCAGCGGCCCGAUGUCCGCAGCCCACCAGCUCCAGGCCAUGCAGCAGGCCCAGAGCGCAGAGCUGCAGAUUCAGAGACUGGCCCUGGAGCAGCAGUGGAUCCAUCACCACCACCACCACUCUCUUACCCAGGAGGAGUACUACAGUCACCUGAAGAAAGAGAGUGACAAGAGCCUGUGAGGGGAGGGGCACCAGAGAGAGAACUGCAGAGAAAAAAACACUACAGUAUGGUCUGGAACACAAUGUCACAGAAAUACAUGGGCACUGAUAAACAAAGGGGACGAAGACAAAGAUACCCCUGGACUUUUGGAGAACAAGGAUUUAUUGAAGGAAAGUGAAUUAUUGUAAUGGAGUAAAAAGAGAGGGAGAGAGAGAAGGAGAGAGAAGGGAAAAUGUUGCACACACUUAAUGUUUUAACUGUCAAAUGUCCAAGAGCCACACGAAAGCACUUCCCUGUGUAUCUCCUUCUCUCCAGUUGUGUUUUUACAUUGUGCUCUGUACAGUAUAUUAGGUGGGGCAGCAAUAGUGACGUACAGUAAGUGUAAAUUACCUUAUGCCAGAAGGAAUGUGUACAUGAGUCUCUUUUCUGUCAUUGCAUGUAGCUAGGCACUUAUUCUAAACUGGUGGAACUUUUGGCUCUAUUUUUAGUAUUCAUCCCCUCUUUUGUAUCCGAGGGGCAUUCUAUAUGCAUGAGACCAGCGAUUUUAGUGUUCUAUUAUGUUUAUUAUGAUCAACUGUAUUGUUAUUAUGAUUAUUGAUGUCCGUUUGUUGAUAAUUAUAUAAUUAAAUGAAAAUAUUAUUUGUAUUAUUUUUUUUACA